UAUGUACUUUAUCAUCCUUUGCUGUGCCCUGGAAGUUGCAUGUAUUAAUCUUUAUUUUUUGUUCAUCUCAUUAUCAUCUAUGCUGUAUGGUAAAUUGUAAAUACAACAGCCUCCGCUCCUUCAGUUCGGAUAGGUCUUACACUCUGAACCGAAGCUCUUAUGCACGGGACAGCAUGAUGAUUGAAGAGUUGCUGGUGCCAUCAAAGGACCAGCACCUGCCAUUCCCAAGGGAAUUUGAUUCUGAUUCACUCAGACAUUAUAGCUGGGCUGCAGACACCUUGGACAAUGUAAACCUUGUCUCAAGUCCCAUCCAUUCUGGUUUUCUGGUUAGUUUUAUGGUUGAUGCACGUGGGGGUUCAAUGAGGGGUAGUCGCCAUCAUGGAAUGAGAAUUAUUAUUCCACCGCGCAAAUGUACAGCACCCACCCGCAUCACCUGUCGAUUGGUAAAGAGACAUAAACUGGCCAGCCCACCACCAAUGGUUGAAGGAGAAGGAUUAGCCAGUAGACUAGUAGAAAUGGGGCCUGCAGGUGCCCAAUUUUUAGGCCCUGUUAUAGUGGAAAUUCCACAUUUUGGAUCAAUGCGAGGAAAGGAAAGAGAAUUAAUUGUCCUUCGAAGUGAAAAUGGUGAAACGUGGAAGGAGCACCAAUAUGACAGCAAACAUGAAGAUUUAAAUGAAAUACUUAAUGGCAUGGAUGAAGAGCUGGAUAGUGCUGAGGAACUGGAAAAGAAGCGUAUCUGCAGAAUCAUAACAAAGGAUUUUCCUCAGUACUUUGCAGUGGUUUCACGAAUUAAGCAAGAAAGUAACCAAAUUGGUCCUGAGGGAGGUGUCUUGAGUAGCACAACAGUGCCACAAGUCCAAGCUUCCUUUCCUGAGGGAGCUCUAACCAAAAGAAUCCGAGUGGGCCUCCAGGCACAACCAGUUCCAGAUGAGAUUGUCAAAAAAAUCCUUGGAAACAAAGCAACUUUCAGUCCCAUUGUCACUGUGGAACCAAGAAGAAGAAAAUUUCAUAAGCCAAUAACCAUGACAAUUCCUGUGCCACCCCCAUCAGGAGAAGGUGUAACCAAUGGGUACAAAGGAGACACCACUCCAAGCCUUCGACUUUUAUGUAGCAUUACAGGAGGUACUUCACCUGCACAAUGGGAGGAUAUUACAGGAACCACUCCACUGACAUUUAUAAAUGAUUGCGUCUCUUUCACAACUAACGUUUCAGCCAGAUUUUGGCUUGCAGAUUGUCAUCAGGUACUAGAAACUGUGGGGCUGGCCACACAGCUUUAUAGGGAAUUAAUAUGUGUUCCUUAUAUGGCCAAGUUUGUGAUAUUUGCCAAAAUGAAUGACCCAGUGGAAUCCAACUUGCGAUGCUUCUGCAUGACUGAUGAUAAAGUAGACAAAACUUUGGAGCAACAAGAGAAUUUUGAAGAAGUUGCAAGAAGCAAAGAUAUUGAGGUUCUGGAAGGAAAACCCAUUUAUGUUGACUGUUAUGGAAAUCUAGCCCCUUUGACAAAAGGAGGGCAGCAGCUUGUUUUUAAUUUUUAUGCUUUCAAGGAAAACAGACUGCCAUUCUCUAUCAAGAUUAGAGACACCAGCCAAGAACCUUGUGGUCGUUUAUCAUUUUUGAAAGAACCAAAGACUACAAGAGGACUGCCACAAACAGCUGUUUGCAACUUGAAUAUAACACUACCAGCACACAAAAAGGAAACAGAGUCAGAUCAAGAUGAUGAGACGGAGAAAGCAGACCGGCGUCAGAACUUUGUCUCUCUUGCUUUACGUAAGCGCUACAGCUAUCUGACUGAGCCUGGAAUGAAAACAGUUGAACGGAAUUCAGGAGCAACAAGAACCCUACCCGCUACUUAUUCAUACAAGCCAUUCUUUUCAACAAGACCAUAUCAGUCAUGGACAGCAGCUCCAAUUACAGUGCCUGGGCAACCCAAAUCAGGCUUCACUUCCCUAUCAAGCUCUUCCUCUAACACUCCUACAGCUUCCCCAUUAAAAUCAAUAUGGUCUGUUUCUUCUGCUUCUCCAAUCAAAUCCACAUUAGGAGCUUCUACUACUUCUUCAGUUAAAUCUGUUAGCGAUGUAGCAUCUCCAAUUAGAUCCUUUCGGACAAUUUCUUCACCAAUAAAAACUGUUGUAUCACAACCUCCAUAUAAUAUCCAAGUUUCUUCUGGCUCUUUCAUCAGAGCUCCCACAGUAACAGAAGCCACUAAUUUAAAAGGGCUGGCAUCCACUUCAACAUUUCCCUCUCGGACAUCUCCAGUGACUACAGCAGGGUCUCUUUUGGAGAGAUCAUCCAUUACCAUGACGCCUCCAGCAUCCCCCAAAUCAAACAUUAAUAUGUAUUCUUCAAGUUUGCCAUUUAAAUCAAUCAUCACAUCAGCAUCACCACUUUUAUCUUCUCCUCUAAAAUCAGUGGUAUCUCCUGCUAAGUCAGCAGUUGAUGCUGUUUCAUCACCUAAAGUCAUGAUGACUUCAUCUCUCUCAUCACCUGUGAAACAUGUAGCUGGUCAUGCAGAUGUAGCAUUGGUUAAUGGAUCUGUGCCACCUCUGAAAUACCCUUCCCCUGCCAGUUUAAUAACAGGAUCCAAAGCCACAGCCACAUUUCAAGACAAGAUCUCUGCAACUACGCAUUCUGCAAGUUGUGCUGCCAUUGCAGUUGCUGACACAGUUGAGAGAGUGUUUUCAAGUACUACUACAAUGUCAUUUUCUCCAGUCAGGUCGUUUGUGUCUUCAGCACCAUCAGCUUUUCAGUCAAUAAGAGCUACUUCUGCAGGUGCACUAUAUACAUCCCUUGGAUCAAUAUCUGCAACUACCUCUUCAGUAACUUCAUCAACAAUAACAGUGCCAGUAUAUUCUGUAGUCAAUGUUUUGUCAGAACCAGCAUUAAAGAAGCUUCCAGAGUCAUCUUCACUUACAAAAUCAGCAGCUGCAUUAUUGUCACCUAUUAAAACAUUGACUACAGAGGCACAUACACAACCCCACUUUAGCAGAACUUCAUCUCCAAUAAAAUCUUCCUUAUUUUUAGCACCCUCUGCUCUUAAGUCGUCCACACCAUCUUCUUUAUCCUCUAGUCAGGAGAUAUUGAAAGAUGUUGCUGAAAUGAAGGAGGACUUAAUAAGGAUGACUGCAAUAUUGCAGACAGAUGUAACAGAGGACAAACCAUUCCAACCUGAACUAACUAAAGAGGGUAGAAUUGAUGAUGAAGAGCCUUUUAAAAUUGUUGAGAAAGUAAAGGAGGACUUAGUAAAAGUUAGUGAGAUACUGAAAAAAGAUGUGUGUUUAGAAAACAAAGGGUCAUCCAAAGUAUCAAAAAGUGAUCAAGGACACUUAUCUGAAGAUGACUGGGUAGAGUUCAGUACAGAGGAGAUUGAUGAAGCAAAACAGCAAACGAAAACAUGUCAUCCUAUAUCUGUUCCAGAAAAAAUGCAAAUUAAAACUAAAGUCAUGUCUGAGAAGGAUUAUAAUUUGUCAAAAGUUAUUGAUUAUUUAACAAAUGAUAUUGGGAGUAGUUCACUAACAAACAUAAAGUAUAGGUUUGAAGAGGGGAAAAAAGAAGGUGAAGAGAGACAAAAACGCAUUUUAAAACCAGCCAUUGCUUUACAGGAACAUAAGCUUAAGAUGCCUCCAGCCUCCAUGAGGCCUUCUACUUCAGAAAAAGAAUUAUGUAAAAUUGCAGAUUCCUUUUUUGGAACAGAUACAAUUUUAGAGUCUCCCGAUGAUUUUUCUCAGCCUGACCAAGACAAAAGUCCUUUGUCUGACAGUGGGUUUGAAACAAGAAGUGAAAAAACCCCUUCAGCCCCACAAAGUGCAGAAAGCACAGGGCCAAAACCACUUUUUCAUGAUGUGCCCAUCCCUCCUGUCAUUACAGAAACAAGAACUGAAGUAGUUCAUGUUAUCCGCAGCUAUGAACCUUCAUCGGAAGAGAUUCCAGAGCAGCAAACAGAGGAGCUACCACCAUCAAAACCUGCAUCUACUUUUAUGGAGUUGGAGCAAAAAUCUGCUGGGUCUAUUAAAGAAAAAGUUAAAGCCUUUCAAAUGAAAGCCAGCAACAGUGAAGAAGAUGACCACAAAUGUGUGCUUAGCAAAGGGGUCCGUGUGAAAGAAGAAACUCACAUCACUACUACAACUAGAAUGGUUUAUCAUAAACCUCCAUGUACUGAAAGUGCUUCUGAAAGAAUUGAGGAAACAAUGUCUGUUCAUGACAUAAUGAAAGCUUUUCAAUCAGGACGUGACCCUUCCAAAGAACUGGCAGGUUUAUUUGAACAUAAAUCAUCCGUAACAUCAGAUGUUAGCAGAGAUGUUGAAACUUCACAACAACCAGCUGAGAAGGACAGCAAAAUGAAACCCAAACUGGAGCAUAUAAUAGAGGUCCAUAUUGAAAAAGGUAAUCAAGCUGAACCUACUGAAGUCAUUAUUAGAGAAACAAAAAAGCGUCCAGAAAAAGAAAUGUAUGUAUAUCAAAAAGACUUACCACGGGGAGAUUUUAACCUAAAAGAUUUGGAAAAACAUGAUGUUUUUCCUUGUUCAGAUGAACAAGGUCAGCAAGAAGAAGAAGAACUUACAGCUGAAGAAUCACUUCCUUCUUAUCUGGAGUCUUCUAGAGUAAACACUCCUGUGUCCCAGGAAGAAGACAGUCGCCCUAGUUCUGCUCAACUGAUAUCUGAUGACUCUUACAAAACACUGAAGCUUUUGAGUCAACACUCAAUAGAAUACCAUGAUGAUGAGUUGUCAGAAUUAAGAGGGGAGUCUUACAGGUUUGCUGAGAAAAUGCUUCUUUCAGAAAAGCUAGAUGUGUCUCAUUCUGAUACUGAGGAGUCAGUUACUGACCAUACUCUACCCCUUAGUUCAGAGAUACAGGCGUCUGAUAAGCGAUACAGAGAAAAAGUAGCCACUGCCCCUAAAAAAGAAAUUAUCUCCAAAAUCUAUAAAGAUGUAUCUGAAAAUGGUGUAGGUAAAAUAUCUAAAGAUGAUCAUUAUGAUAAAGUGACAGUAUUACACUAUACUGGAGAUGUUAGUAGUCCAAAACAUGCCAUGUGGAUGCGCUUUACUGAGGACAGAUUAGACAGAGGUAGAGAAAAGUUGAUAUAUGAAGACAGGGUGGACAGGACUGUUAAGGAGGCAGAAGAAAAACUGACUGAAGUAUCACAGUUUUUUCGGGACAAAACAGAAAAGUUGAAUGAUGAACUACAAUCUCCAGAGAAAAAGCAACAUAAAAAAAAUGGCAAAGAAAUGCAUUCUAGUCAGAGGUCUGCCAGUAGCAGCCCUGAAAAGGUACUACUUACAGAAUUACCAUCAAGUGAUGAUUGGAGUAAAGUGAGACAGUAUGGGCGCAAUGGAAAAUAUUUUCCAAAAUCUGAUGAAAGAAGAACAGCCAGUUUGCCCAGCAGUCCUGAAAAAAGGAUUUUUGUACAACAAAUAGAGGACUGUAAACAAACUAUGGAACACAAGGGAAAUGCUCAACAGACUGGUACACCUGAAGCUUCACAGGCUGGAUUUCAGCUCAAGCAAUCAAAACUCAGUUCCAUUAGACUUAAAUUUGAACAAAGUAUAAGCCCAAGGACCAAAGACCUACCUCAAGAAGAGAAAGAACAAGAUAGUCAGUCCAAAAUUCCAGUAAAGAAAUUACAAGAAAGCAAGCUACCAGUGUACCAGCUUUAUGCAAGAGAAAAGCAGGCAAAGCAAAUAGAUGUCACGGAUGGAAACAUGGCUUUGCAAAAAGAAAUUACAAUGAAAGAAGAUAGCAUCCAAGGUAAAGGAAGAGUUACAGAAGACCUUUGUGCUUCAGAUGUACAGAAACAGAAAACUGAAACAUCAAGCAAAAACAUGCCAGAACAUGUUUUGGAACAGCAGGCUAAAAACUUUUCAUACAGCUCAGACUCACCAGUGAAGGGACACUGGGACAAAAAAAUCUAUAGAACUUGGGAGAGUCCUGGAGCUUCUAAUCAUAAAACACAGAAAGAAAAACACUCACAUGUACUUAUUCCAGAUGUAGUAAAAGAAAACCAUAUUGAUCAUGCUGAUGAGAACACUGAGAAAAAGAGUGAAUUUAUCACUGUGACAGAGAGUGAACAGAAAUUGUCAACAAAUGGAUCUCAUUCAGAGGAGGUGAAGGAAGUGACUGUGAAAUCUCCAUCAAAAAAGGUUCUGUACAGAGGUUAUAUCAUCCGAGAAGGGGAAUGUCCCAGUGAAAUGGCUGAUAAAAUUACAAAGAGAAAUGAAGAAUUGACUAUGUCCCACAUUCCAGUCAGAAUUGCUGAGAACACUGUUCUUGAUCAGUCCAAAAGCACCAUUUAUGAACUGUCAGCUAAAGUGUCCCAGUCAACUAUGAUUAAGGAGCAAGUUGAAAGACAAUUUGAUUAUGUGGAAGAUGAAAAAAUAAAACAUUCAGAAAUCAGUAAAGUUACCAAGCAACAAGGUUCUUCCAUAGGGUUAAGUCCUCCUGGGGAGGAAACUGAAAUAUCCCAUAGCAAAUCACCUGAUUCUUUAGAAUUUACUCCUGGAAAGGAAUCUCCUUCGAGUGAGUUAUUUGACCCUAGUGCCAGUGAUUACUUGGAUAAAGUUUCACCUUUAGUAAAUACUGAGGGAAUGAAAGAGAUAAAGACUUUACCUGUCUAUGUCAGUUUUGUUCAAGUAGGAAAGCAAUAUGAAAAGGAGAUGCAACAAGGAAAUGUGAAAAAAAUUAUAAGUCAGGAAAGUAAGACAAUACAAGAGACAAGGGGAACAUUUUAUACAUCUAGACAGCAAAAACAUCCUCCUUCUCCACAAGGUAGUCCAGAAGAUGAUACAUUAGAACAAGUAUCUUUCAUAGAUAGCUCUGGGAAAAGCCCUCUAACUCCAGAAACCCCCAGUUCUGAGGAAGUGAGUUAUGAGUUUACCUCUAAAACACCUGACUCACUAAUAACUUAUAUACCAGGCAAGCCCAGUCCCAUACCUGAGGUUUCUGAGGAAUCAGAGGAGGAAGCAGAGGCCAAAUCAACCUCUAAAAACCAGACAGCAGUAGAGGAACCAAAAAUUGAUAAAAUCAUGCCUAAUAAUAUAAACAAAGACUCUAACAAAAGACCAAAAAGUAACAGAGUUGCCUACAUUGAAUUCCCACCUCCUCCACCAUUAGAUGCAGAUCAAGCAGAGUCAGAGAGGAAGCAUCAUUAUUCCCCUGAGAAUGAGGUGAAUAUGAUCGAAGUAAAUCUACAAGAUGAACAUGACAAAUGUCAACUGGCUGAACCAGUCAUAAGAGUACAGCCACCUUCUCCUGUACCACCUGGAGCAAAUGUCAGUGAUUCCAGUGAUGAUGAAUCUCUCUACCAACCAGUUCCAUUAAAAAAGUAUACUUUUAAACUAAAAGAAACUGAAGAUGACCAGAAGGAAGCCUCAAAACCUAAAUUCCCUGAAAAGAGUGAGAAACAGAAAGAGUUAGGCCAUCCUAUUUCUGGGGUACCCAAUGAGUUUGACAUUGGUCUUGAUUCACCUCAGAAUGAUGUGAUGCAAAAUGGGAACAAUGACCAGUCUGUCACUGAGUGUUCCAUAGCAACUACUGCAGAAUUCUCUCAUGAUACAGAUGCAACUGAAAUUGACUCUCUUGAUGGUUAUGACUUACAAGAUGAAGAUGAUGGUUUAACUGAGAGUGAUUCUAAACUUGCAGGUCCUGCUGUAGAAACCAAAAAGGAUAUUUGGACUACAGAGGGCAUCUUAAAGCAGACUGAUCGUUGCUUCAGUCAAAGCAAGCUUGAAGUUAUUGAGGAGGAAGGAAAGGUAGGCACUGAAGAGGACAAGGCACCUUCAAAAGUUCCAGCUUCUGAAAAGAGUUCAGAUAAAACUGAACAGAAGUCAGGGGCUCAGUUUUUCACAUUAGAAGGCAGGCACCCUGACAGAACUGUGUUUCCUGAUACGUAUUUCAGUUACAAAGUAGAUGAAGAAUUUGCAACCCCUUUUAAAACAGUAGCUACCAAAAGUCUAGAUUUUGACCCAUGGUCCAGUAAUCGAGGAGAUGAUGAAGUGUUUGAGACUAAAUCCAGGGAUGAUGAGGCUAAGCCAUUUGGUCUGGCAGUGGAAGACCGAUCUCAAGCAACAACACCAGAUACAACUCCAGCCAGAACUCCAACAGAUGAAAGUACUCCAACUAGUGAGCCCAACCCCUUCCCAUUUCAUGAAGGGAAGAUGUUUGAGAUGACUCGCAGUGGUGCAAUUGACAUGAGCAAGAGGGAUUUUGUUGAAGAAAGACUCCAAUUUUUUCAGAUUGGUGAGCAUACUUCUGAAGGGAAGCCAGGGGACAAGGGGGAAGGGGAUAGUACAGUCACUGCCAUCACACAGCCACAGUCAGGGGACAACACUGUAGAAACAAACCUAGAGAGAGAAGUAGAAACAUCAGCAGUUGAACAUAAGCCCGUCAUCCAGGCCAGUGGAGAUUGCAUGGAAGCAACACUUGGUAGUAACUCACUGGAGAAAUCAUCAACAGCUGUUAACACUUCUAAAGUUGAUCCCAGAUUGCGUACACCAAUUAAAAUGGGAAUUUCCGCUUCCACCAUGACUCUGAAGAAAGAUGGCCCUGGAGAAGUAACAGAUAAGAUAGACCCUGUGAUGCCAAGUUGUCAGGGAUUAGAAACUGAAAACAUAGCAGUGAUUACAAGUUCAGCUACUAUCCAGACAAGCUGUAGGCAAACCGAGGUACAUGAUUUUCCAAAAGAUAAUUUUAAUAACAACAACAAUUUGGAUUCAUCCACUGUCCAUACAAAUAAUAUUGCCAGUAAUGUAGUACUAAAAGAACAUUCUGAACCUAAAUGUUCCACACAGAAAGCUAAUCAAAUGAAAAGCACUUCAGGAAAAGGUGCAGGGGCAACGCAAGGACACAAAAUAAGAGAUAAGCAAAAAGUACUUGGAGAACAGCAAAAGUCAACAGAGUUGGUAGGAAGUAGAGCAAAAUCAAAACUUCCCAUAAAGGCCAGCUCAGUAAAAGAAGUCUUCCCACUAAGUAAUCUUCAAAACAAUACAGGGAGUAAAAUGAGACGGGCCACUAAACCUGACAAAAUAAAGCAAAACAUUUCUGCUCCCUGUCUAGAAGUAAGAUCUAAGAUUCCAGUAAAAAAUACGUAUAGGAAUAAUCUAGCUAGAAAAACUCCAGCAGUGCAAAAGCAAGAGCAGUUAGAAAAAGGAAAAAGGAAACAGCUUCCUUCUAAAUUACCAAUAAAGGUAAGAUCUACCUCCAUCACAAUGACAACAGUUAAAGUAAAAAAAAAUCAGCUUAGGGAGGUAUGUAAACAUUCUAUUGAAUAUUUUAAGGGAAUUAGUGGUGAGACAUUAAAACUUGUGGAUCGUCUCUCUGAUGAAGAAAAAAAGAUGCAGUCAGAGGUGUCUGAUGAUGAAGAAGACAGUACAUCAAGAAACACAUCAUUAUCAGAAGCUACUCAAGUUUACCAGCCUUCCAUUACAUCGAAGUCUGCUAGAGAUAUGAGAACAGAGGCAGCAUCUUUAAAAUCAAAGAUUGAAAAGGCCGACAGUGAGAGGAGGAGGAGUAAGAGGACUGGUCCACAGAGUCCAUGUGAGCGUACCGAUAUAAGGAUGGCAAUUGUAGCUGAUCACCUGGGACUUAGCUGGACAGAACUGGCAAGGGAACUGAAUUUUUCUGUGGAUGAAAUUAAUCAAAUACGAGUAGAAAACCCAAACUCACUGAUUGCUCAGAGCUUCAUGUUAUUAAAAAAAUGGGUUACCAGAGAUGGGAAAAAUGCUACAACUGAUGCCUUAACCUCUGUAUUGACAAAAAUUAAUCGAAUAGAUAUUGUGACCCUGUUGGAAGGACCAAUAUUUGAUUAUGGAAAUAUUUCAGGCACCAGAAGCUUUGCAGAUGAAAAUAAUGUUUUUCAUGAUCCUAUCGAUGGUUGGCAGAGUGAGCCAUCAAGUGUCAAUGUUGAGCCACCAACACCAGGACGCAGAAUAAGUGGUGAACUACUAGAUCGGCUAGAUGACAGCCUGGACCAAAGUAGGGAUUCUGUUACCUCAUACCUUAAAGGAGAAGCUGGGAAGCUUGAAGCAAAUGGGAGCCACACAGAAUCAAUAACAAAUGCAAAGACUAAAUCAUAUGUUCAAGAGUCUGUAAAUGAUGUGGGAAAACAGAGCAACAAAGAAACUGUGAAACCAAAACCCCAAAGUUCUGUCUGUGUAGAACAGCAAACAUUACCAUCCAUAACCCAACAGAAAUCUUUGGAAGAGGCCAGCAAACAAGCAGUAGAUGAACCUAAAACAUACAUGCCUGUCAGCAUGAAGAUGAGCUGGACUACAUCUGAAGAUGGCAAGAUGAGACCAAACAUUCAGGAAGAGGAGGGAGCAGUAAUGUCUGAACAAAAGGAAUUUAGUGACAGUGACAUUGAGGUUCAGAGUGAGUCAAGCUCAGAUGAAGAACAGAGAAUCACAACAAGAGUUUAUCGUCGGCGUUUGAUUCUGAAGGGUGAGGAAGCUAAAAACAUUCCUGGUGAAUCUGUAACGGAAGAACAAUUUACUGAUGAAGAAGGCAACGUCAUCACAAGAAAACAGGGAGAAGGUUGUAAGGUUAAGACAAAGAAAGAAGUCAGACAUAUGGAGAAGAAGAGUUACUCCUAACAGCAGAACACUGAACGGAAUGUGUGCUUUUACUGCCAGUAUUUUAGAGAAACAGUCAUGGAAGAAAAAAAAAAUCAACAGGAAUUAAACAUUCACUGAUAAAGUGUGCGUGUGUUUGCUGCUUCCACACAUUAACCGCAUGGUUUUUAUGCAAAAAACCCCACAAAAUGAAAAAACAAACAAACAAGAUUAAUUUAGCAUGAGCUAAUUUACAGAGCAUGGACAUUCACUUUCAUUCACAGGAUUGGAGAGCGUGCAAUUAACAAAUCAGUGUAUAAACGAAAUGCCACGCUGUUAACAGCUUAUGUCAAGCAAUUUGAUGUCAUCACAAAAGAAAUAAAUUCCUGUGACCAGUGGGGACAUAAGAUGAUGAAAUGAUUAAACCACAGAAAGACACUAAAAUUAUUAAAUCCACAACAGCUCGCCUUAUUUUUCUUGGACCCAAACUGUCAGGGUAUAAAACACUAUUUGUUUCUUUUUUAAACAUCAAUAGUUUUGCUGUAAAUAAAUAACACUGUAUAAAUUCUGACAGAAAAUAAAAUGAGUGUUGAUAAGGCACUGCCUCUUAGAUCACAAACAGAAUAUUGCGACUAUAUUGAACAUAACAGGUGACUCAAAUAGCUACACCUACAGGGAUAUUCUGAGUGCAUCUUCACAGAUUCUUGUAUAUUAUCAAUUAUAAUGUUUGUAUAUGCAAAAUGCUAGCUUGAUUUUAAAAAAAUCUUUAAAAUCUACUGCAAAAUUUAAAUGAUUCCCAAAAUGAGGAAUUCUGUAGUUCUGUGAAUUUUUCUUCAGAGUACUAAUAUUUUGAUGCAUGUGUUUCACCUUAUUUUGAUUAAGUCUUUUCCAGUUUUGCAAACACUAUACUGCAACAUGAAAAAUACGAUUUUAUCUGUAAACACAAAGCCCUUCAUCUAAUACUUGUUGCGGUUGCCAAUUUUUCAAUGAAAUGAUCUAAAAACAUAACAUAUACAGUAGAUGCAUUAUAGGGGGUGUGCUAUCUGUUCUCGCUUUAUACUGGGGUAAUGCUUGCAGCUUUAGAGGUGGGUUGGUGCUCUAAGGAGCAAAAGUUUUGGAUAUUUUAAAAUGAACUGAGGAGAAAUUAUUAGCUAAUAGACUGGCAGCACGCUGUAAAAUUAUUACUGUAUUGUGUACUGGCUAUAAGAUGUAGAAUCUUUCAGUAAGCCAAUCAUCUGUAAUCAUUCUAGCAGUGUAAUAUUAGGUUGUUAAGGCUGCUGUGUUUUAAAGGGCAUUUUUAUUUGGGUUUGGUGAAAUCUUUUAAUUUGUUGAUUAUAUUCACAUGAAAACAGCACUCAUUGAUAAUAGCUCUAAUGACAUAUGUAUGAAAACAACAAACACUGGAUGAUCUAGUUGAUUAUUUAAGCAUAAAAUAAAUUGUGUUAAAACUCUUCA